AUGAACCUUCAGGUAACGCUGAUCCAUGCAUUCAACGAAACCCGUGCGUCAACGGUGUCUGUCGUCCCAUUGGACAAGGGCAGUACGAGUGUGAAUGCCAAGAUCAUUAUGAGGGGAAUCAUUGUGAUGAAUCAACUCGUUUCUGUCCAUCCGUCUAGCCAGAUAGUCAACACCAAUGCCUAUGUGGAGCUGACAUGUAGUUUCAACAAUGCCAAGCGAUACCACUGGUACAAAGAUGAUGUCCUUUUGCCUAACAGUGAAAAUCAGAAUCCUUUGAUGAUCUUUCCUGUCACGCUCAGUGACAUCGGGUAUUACUUCUGCCGAGGCUUGGGGAGAAAUGAAGAAAUUUUAGACACGACGCGAGCAUCGGUAUAUGUCAAAGAUCUGACCAAUAUAAUGGUUUUGAAUGCUAGAUUUGCCAUUCCAUUCAGCGAUGAGCUUUAUGACCAAACGUCUACACUCUAUAGAGAUACGGCGCUCAACAUCGGCACAUAUGUGGAGCAAGGCCUCCGAACCAGUACUGGGUUGGAGGGUCUAUCAGUAGUAUGCAGAGCCCUAAGACCAGGAAGCGUCAAAGCUGACAUGAAUAUCUACAUCGAGCAGACCAACAUGACGGCAACGGAGACACAAGAUCUUAUUGGUCUAUCUCUUGAUAGUCUAGCCAAUGAAUCGAAAGCUAUUUGCCAGAAUAUCUCAUGGAUAUCUUCUCGAUUUGGAAAAGUCAAAUUUCCGGUGGGUGACAAUGGAACAUGGGCGAAUUCAACAGGAGCGUGUCCAUUCAACACUACUCAAGUCAAUGAACCGAUUGGACGGGCUCUGUGUAUCGGCGAUGGUAUUACCCAGAGCCAGUGGCAACCUGUGGAUAAUUGUGGACCAUUUAGAAAUGUCACAGAUAUUCUCACAGAAAUUGCACAGGUAAUCGUAGGUGAAGAAAAUGCAGGUGAAGUGAGCCAACAAGUAUCGUCUGUUACUUCCAACAUCGAAGAUAUCACAUCAGAUGACAUCACGUUUGUGGCAGAGAUAACAUCAAACAUUGUGCAGCAAAAUCUUACUAGUGAAGAGGUAACAGAGUCUAUAACGAGUAUUGUGAGCAAUAUAGCUCAGGUAGAAACAGAGGAACUUGAAGCCGCAGAGGAAGACGGUGGGGCAAUAAGUAAAUUUAUCCAGGCUUUUGAGGAGCAAAUCAGUCGUGUUGAGGUUGCCGAUGGUGGGAUGCUCAACAUUCAGCAGCCAAAUGUAGCCGUACAGGUCCAGAGUGUAUCUGCUGGCGACGUAAUGCGUGGUCUUGUGCUUUCGCUAGCUGGAUCCGGUCUUUCAGACCUGACCAAGGCCAAUAUUACCAUCAAUGCUCCGACCCAAGAUGACCGCGAUGACGUCAUUGCUACGAGACCAGGCAUCAUCGCUCAGGUCAACAUUCCACCUUCAGUUGCAUCCGUCAUUUCGUCCACGGCCCCACUCUCAGGAUCGCCGUCGAAUGGCAGUGGUGAAUACGUUCGGGUCAACUUCAAUAUAUUUUCAACUUCAGCCCUGUUCAUUUCUAAAUCAUUGCGCACAAUCAGUGCAGAUAAUGAAGGCUUCAAUCGAUCAGCUAACUCGCCCGUGAUAUCUCUCAGUAUUGGUCAAGGGAAAGUCGCAGCCUUGACCGAAUUCAUCAACUUUACCUUCACUACACUUAUGCCUGGAUACGUGAAUCCCAUGUGUUCAUUUUGGGAUGAGGAGCAGGAAGAUUGGUCCCAAGAUGGGUGUGUUCUUGUUUCUGGAAUCACAUCAUCCGAUGAUCGCUCUGAUGAGGAGAUCGUGCGCUGUGCGUGUGAUCAUCUUACCAACUUCGCUGUUUUAAUGGAUAUCCAUGGACAGGAGGAUUCAUUAAUCGAGGCAUACAACAUCCUGACUUACAUCGGAUGCUGUAUUUCUAUCUUCAGUCUUCUUGUCACAUUGGCAACCUACCUGUGGAACAAGGAUUUGAGGACCAAGCAGACUAACAAGAUCUUCAUCUGUCUGUGCCUGACAUUGCUAUGUCUCUACACGACAUUUGUCAUCAUGAUCUCUCUGGAUUCUACUAGAGAUUAUCGUGAGGUCCAAGCUGGACCCUGCGGGUUCCUGACGGCCCUAGUUCACUACUUCGUUUUGUCCUCUAUUGCAUGGAUGGGUGUGGAAGGGUACAAUACCUACCUCAUUAUUGUGAAGAUCUUUAACACCUACAUCCAGAAUUUCAUGAUUAAGGCUUUCUUAGCUGCGUGGGGAAUUCCUGCACUUAUCGUGGUUCUUACUGGAGCUAUUGCUAGAGACUCUUAUGCUCAUGAUGAUCUAUGCUUUCUACAAUUCUGGGCUCAAAUCGGUGGUCUCUUGAUUCCCAUGGCCAUCAUCCUCCUUAUCAACAUUGUCAUCUUCAUCCUGGUGGUUCGACAAUUGCUCCGGUCAGCUAACAUCGCUGGUCGGGUGAAAAGAGAGGCUAAGGCAGAACGUCGAGAGACUAUCGAACGCGUCCAGAACGCAAUCUGCAUCUUGUUCCUGCUCGGGCUGACCUGGAUCACCGGAUAUCUUCUUUUAAUCCCGCUAUUCAGUCAGGUGGCUCAACCAAUCUUCGUCGUCCUGAACUCCUUCCAAGGAUUGUUCAUCUUUCUACUCUACUGCGUCCGGAAGCCUUUCAUCCGUAAGAAAUGGGGGCUAACUUGUUUCGACAAGUUCCUAAAGAAAGAAGCAAGCACUUCCAGCGAUAUGGUGAGUUCGACGGCGCUAUCUUCGUCAUCUGGCAUGAUAAGCAAAUUGCGCCCAGGAGCCUCGGGUAGUUACUUGUUGCCUACCAAAGACGAUCCCGAUUCUAUGUGUAUGUUCAAUCCGACCUAUGACGUUAGCCAGGUUGAGGAAGAAGUCACACCACCAAUGAACAAAGAUAUCCAGAGUUCCACCGAGGAACAGAAGAAGGACACGGAUCGUGAUGCAACAAGCACCGAUGUCGUGACGGUCAGUCUCCUUCUUGAUACACCUGUCACAAAUGUCACUGAGACAGGUGAUGGUAUUUCCUCCACCACGGAUGCUGACACCGCUAGUGUUACUAUCGAUUCAACUGAUGCCAGCAAAGAUACUUAG